AUGUCUUACCAUCCCCAUCGCAUUCCUCCAUCCCAGCAGGACCAGCAUCACUAUUCUACGUACGAUACGACUCCAACCAAUACAUUACCACUACAUCAUCAGCCACCGUAUGGAUCUAACCCUCGUCCUAGGCAACAAGCCCAGUCUGGAUAUCCCCUUCAACAAGGGAACACAAAAGCCGAGCUUGUAACCGCAACCCGCUGCACGGCCUGUGGAGUUGGUCUUGUCCCAUCAGAGUUCGCCUACCAUUCUUCAAACGCCUUCUUCUGUACAACCUGCCCACGUCCACCAACAUCAACCCAAGUCACUCUCGUCGCCGGUAAAAGCCUCCCAAAGUACAAACCCUCGCUAUUGAGUGGCUGCUCGGCCUGCUGGAAGGGCUUCAAGAAAGAUCAGAUGAUGUGGCGUUGCAAGAAGUGCUGGGACAAAACACUUUGUGAAAAGUGCUGGAAGAAGACCAAGAGACAUUGCAAGCAUGUCUCUAGUGGACAGGUCAUUAUGAUGAGGGUUGUGGAUGGGGAUAAAGAUGAUGACGAGGAUAAUGACAACGACUACAAUGGCGAUGAUGACGAUGAUGUGCUGGAGGAUGUUAUUGAUGCGAUUGCGAGUAUUGUCAUCUAA